CCUUGGCGCGGGGCUCAGGCCCGCAGCUGCAGGAACGAGAGAGCCCUCGACGACAGACCCUUGCAGGAGUACAGAGCCCGCCAUGCUGCGCCACCUCCCGGGACUGCUCCUGCUGCUCUGGCCGCUGCUGCUGCUGCCGCCGCCGACCCCCGCCGCCCCCGGCCCCCUGGCCCGCCCGGGCUCGCGGAGGCUGGGGAUGCGCGGCCCAGCGGGCAGCCCCGGGCGCCGCCCUGCCCCCGCUGCCCCCACCGGCGCGCCCUAUUCCGGGACCGGCCAGCCCGGCGGGGCCCGCGGCGCAGGUGUUUGCAAGAGCAAGCCCUUGGACUUGGUGUUUAUCAUUGAUAGCUCUCGCAGUGUGCGGCCCCUGGAGUUCACCAAGGUGAAAACCUUUGUCUCCCAGAUAAUCGACACUCUGGACAUUGGGGCGGCGGACACACGGGUGGCGGUGGUGAACUAUGCUAGCACCGUGAAGAUUGAGUUCCAUCUCCAGACCCACUCGGAUAAGCAGUCGCUGAAGCGGGCUGUGGCCAGGAUCACACCCUUGUCUACAGGCACCAUGUCGGGUCUGGCUAUCCAGACAGCGAUGGAUGAGGCCUUCACGGUGGAGGCAGGAGCUCGGGGGCCCACAUCCAACAUCCCUAAGGUGGCCAUCAUUGUGACAGACGGAAGACCUCAGGACCAGGUGAAUGAGGUGGCCGCUCGGGCCCGGGCAUCUGGUAUUGAGCUCUAUGCCGUGGGCGUGGACCGGGCAGACAUGGAGUCCCUCAAGAUGAUCGCCAGUGAGCCCCUAGAUGAGCAUGUUUUCUAUGUGGAGACCUAUGGGGUCAUCGAGAAACUCUCCUCUAGAUUCCAGGAGACCUUUUGUGCCCUGGACCUGUGUGCACUUGGCACACACCAGUGCCAGCACGUGUGUAUCAGUGAUGGGGAAGGCAGAUACCACUGUGAGUGUAGCCAAGGAUAUUCCCUGAACGCUGAUAUGAAGACAUGCUCAGCUAUCAAUAAGUGUGCUCUUAACACUCAUGGAUGUGAACACAUCUGUGUGAACGAUAGAACUGGCUCUUAUCACUGUGAGUGCUAUGAAGGUUACACCUUGAAUGAAGACAAGAAAACAUGUUCAGCUCAAGAUCAAUGUGCUUUUGGUACACAUGGCUGUCAGCACAUUUGUGUGAAUGACAGAGGUGGGUCUCAUCACUGUGAAUGCUACGAAGGCUACACUCUGAACGCAGAUAAUAAAACGUGUUCCGUUCUCAGCAAGUGUGCUCUGGGCUCUCACGGCUGCCAGCACAUCUGUGUGGACGACGGGGCAGCGGCCUAUCACUGCGAGUGUUAUGCCGGCUACACCUUGAAUGAAGACAGGAAGACGUGCUCAGCCAUUCAAGAAGCACGAAGACUCAUCUCCACAGAAGAUGCUUGUGGAUGUGAAGCCACUCUGGCAUUCCAGGAUAAGGUCAACUCCUAUCUGCAGAGACUGAACGCCAAACUUGAUGACAUUUUAGGGAAGCUGCAAGAAAAUGAAUCUGGACAAAUACAUCGUUAAAUUACUCAAAAUUUUCACCUGGAAAUACGGAGAGCUUGGUGUGUUUGAUACUUUUGCAUACUUCCAUGUUCCUGCUAAUAUCUGCCCUUGCAAUUGCCUGAAUAUUACUGGAUAAACAGUAUGAGGAUCUUCUAGAGAAUCAGUGUCAUUUUUUAAAGGAAAUAAACAUUCACAUCCUUAAGAGCAAACUUUAGUGUCUCUAAGCUAUGACUGUGAAAUGAUUGGUAGGAAAUAGAAUGAAAAGUUUAAUAUUUCUUUAUUUACCAAUUGAGCCAUUUAAUUUUUAAAUGUUUAUAUUAGUAAAAUAACCAUACUUACAAUGGGAACUUUUGACCUAUUUUCUCUUGACAGUAUUUAUAGUAUAAACCAGACUUACUACUCAGAGUGUAAAUUGUAUGGAGUAUUUACACAUAAAAAAGUUCAUAUAACUAAAUUGAGGUGAAUAUAAUUUAGCACUGUUUAACACUUUAUUUUUUGCUCUUUUUUUGCUAGAGUAUUACUGAAGCUGUGAUCAGGGGAUUGUAAUACACAUCUCUAAAAAUAGAUCAAGUGAACAUUACAUGAAACAUUAUAAGAAACAUGUAACUAAAGAUUUUAGUUUUGAAUAAGAGUGUUAUAACUUUAUACCAAGGAAAAACUAUCCUACUUUAUCUUUACUGUUUUACCUUAGGAUCCAAUCAAUAAAAUUAUAUUUUUAUAAAUAUCACUCUAACAAGUAACAAAAGUAAUGUUGUCUUUUUAAAUUUUAAUGAUAAGCGUAACCAUU